GAAAAUCCGCAUUUCUUGCCCUAACUCGUACUACAGCGUACAAAACCCAAGUCAAAAACGUUACAACAGUUGUUCCUUUGCUCACCAUCUCGCCAAUCUUCUCACAUCAGAUUCAUCGAAUCUAACAUAGAUUCCACCCGAAAUUCUCCGAAACAGAGAUCUGUACUUGAGACAGGCUUUGAUUUGUAAUGGCAAGACAUUGAAUCAACGAAGUCUUCAAGCUUUCUCCCUUUCAGAAAUGGCAAAUCCCAUCAAAGGCAAGUCUUAUCUCUUCCUUUUUCUUUUCAUCUUCACUUCUCCACCUUUUCCCGUAGUUUUCGCUGGCUCUAACUCCGUCCCAAUCGAAAACGAGCACCGACAUGAUCGGAUUCCUCACCAUGAACCUGACCCUAAUAGUCCACAUGAUUUUAUCCCUCAAGAAGUUUUGUUACAUAAACUCGAAGAACUAGUUAGAAAUCUUAGUGAAAUAGUUUCUAGAUUAGAGUCGAAAAUAUCGGAGUCUCCAGAUUUUGGAAAGAAAGAUCAAAUUAGUGAACAAAAAUAUGGUGUUGCAGAUGGGGAAAAAGGCAGGGCUGUUUCGGUUACUAAAUACAGUCCCUUUUGGUCGGAGAGGUUUCAGUUCAUGUCAGCUGUGAAAUUAGAUUCUGAUGCAACAUGUAUAAAUGUUUUGCCAUUUCGUGAUUACGAGGGACUUAGCAAGUAUGUUGCUGUCGGAGAUGAAAAAGGAAGGGUUUAUGUGUUUUUAAGGAAUGGGGAUGUUGUGGUUGAGUUUUACACCAAGAACGAGUCGCCAAUUACGGCAAUGGUUUCAUACAUGUCUGUUUAUAAGAAUGAGAGUGUUGUCAUUACCGGACAUCAAAACGGCGUCAUCUUGGUACAUAGGAUUUAUGAAGGGUUGAAUGGAGAAGAGUCGGGUUCGCCUGUAAUGGAGACUGUUGGUAAAUUUGUGGCUGCGGAAAGCGGGGAAGAUGGGUUCCCGAUAACUGCAUUGGAAGUUCAUCAUGUUGGGAGGAUGAGGUAUAUUUUGUCAGCAGAUCUUAGUGGAAAGAUCAGGGUUUUUAAAGAAAAUGGAUCACUUUAUGGAUCUGUGAUGCCAACAAGUAGGCCGCUUGCAUUCUUGAAGCAAAGGCUUUUAUUCUUGACGGAGACGGGUGCUGGUUCAUUGGAUUUGCGGAGUAUGAAGAUUAAGGAAUCUGAAUGCGAAGGGUUGAAUCAUUCUCUUGCACGAAAUUACGUCUUUGAUGCAACGGAACGAUCUAAAGCAUAUGGUUUCACAUCGGACGGUGAUUUGAUUCAUGUUUUGCUGUUGGGUGAUAGUAUGAACUUCAAGUGCAGGGUUAGGUCCAAGAAAAAGUUGGAAAUGAAUGAGCCUCUUGCUUUUCUAGCUAUUAAGGGAUAUUUGCUUAUCGUUGAUCUGGAAAAGAUUUUUGUGUAUAAUGUUUCUACGCUGCAUUAUGUUAGGGCUGGUGCGCCAAGGUUUCUUUUCUCUGCCGGCUUGGAUGAGAUCAGGUCUUCGUUUUUAACUCACCAAGUGGUGGAUACAAAUAAAGAGAGAAGACACGUGACACCCUUAAUAGCGAGUGACCGUGAAAAGCUCAUUGUUCUUGGCCUUGGAGGUGAUUAUAUUGGAAUGUAUCGCUCUAACCUUCCAGUUUUGAAAGGGGAAUCUAAUACGAUGCUGUGGACCAGUCCCGUGCUAUUCUUCAUACUUUUCCUAUUUGGAGCUUGGCAAUUCUUUGCAAAGAAGAAAGAGGCACUUACAUCAUGGGGACCAGAUGAUCCUUUUAGCUCUACAUCAGCUACAAAUUCUGCUCCACUAGGAUCCAACACUGGAGACAGGUCUUUUAUAGAUUCUUCUUCAAGAGGGGCUGAUAUGGCGGACUUGAGAAGCACCGGUCUUCGAAGUAGAAGGUAUGGAUCCCCUUCUCGGUAUCAAGGCGGAGCAACUGGUUCUUUCAGGCCUAGUUCUACGGAUCCAAGCUCUAGACCUGCUUCCAUCGAUCCUAAUUAUAGAGCAGAUCCAAGCUCCAGAUCUGCUUCCAUUGAUCCCAGACCUGCUUCCAUUGAUCCCAACUAUAGAGCGGAUCCGGGCUCUAGAGCUGCUCCCAUUGAUCCCAAUUAUAGAGUGGAUCCGAGCUCUAGAGUCGCUUCCAUUGACCCCAAUUAUAGAGCGGAUCCAAGCGCUAGAACUGCUCCGAUUGAUCCCAAUUAUAGAGCUGCUCCAGAGCUGAAGUAUAGGGGUCCAACCCUGGAAUCUGCUGGGUUUUCUAAACGAAGAGAAAGUUUAUUUGUGAACAGCCAGGUUGUGGAUGACAACAGUUAACUGUUAAAAACCAGUUUCCAUUAACUUACAUUUCAAGGUGGGUUGCUUUUAAGUUGUCCUUUGGCCUUCCAUAAGAUAUUAUGAAAGCCAUUUGAGCUUGCCAUGUUGUAUUUUUAAUUUUUAGCAACAUAAACAAAGAAUAAUUACAGAAGUUUUUAGCAUUAGUUCUGGUUUGAAAAA